AUGGAGCGGUGGAGAAGCCUUGGGGCUGUGUGGGGUUGGCUCUUCAUCGUCGUCUUACGGGUGGCAGUCGAGGGCUUCCCGGCCGAGGAUCUGGUCGGGAGGCUGCCCGGCCAGCCAAACGUCACUUUCAGACAAUUUGCAGGCUAUGUCGAUGUCGAUGUCGAUGCCGGGAGAAGCUUGUUUUACUACUUUGCUGAAGCUCAGCAAGAUGCCCAUCUCCUGCCCCUUACUCUCUGGCUCAAUGGAGGGCCCGGUUGUUCGUCUGUGGGCGGCGGUGCGUUCACGGAGUUGGGGCCAUUUUAUCCGAAAAGAGAUGGUCGAGGGCUUCGAAGAAACUCGAUGUCUUGGAAUAGAGCCUCUAAUCUGCUGUUUGUGGAGUCUCCUGCUGGGGUAGGAUGGUCAUACUCCAACACAUCCUCGGACUACGCUACGGGCGAUUCCUCUACGGCGAGGGACAUGCUCACCUUCAUGUUAAAAUGGUACGAAAAGUUUCCUGCAUUCAAAGAUCGGCCAUUUUUCCUCACCGGAGAAAGUUACGCGGGUCAUUACAUUUCUCAGCUAGCCAAUGCAAUACUAGACUACAACACUAAUUCAAACGCCUUCAAGUUCAACAUCAAGGGAGUUGCCAUUGGGAACCCAUUGCUUCAUUUGGACAGGGACGCACCAGCGGUGUACGAGUUCUUUUGGUCGCAUGGCAUGAUCUCCGAUGAAGUGGGGCUCGCAAUCAUGAGAGACUGCGAUUUUGAAGAUUAUGUGCUGACCAAUCCACACAAUGUCAGCAAGUCAUGCAACCAAGCCAUGGGCGAUGCCAAUCGCAUCGUGGGUGAUUACAUUAACAACUAUGGUGUUCUUUUUGAUGUUUGCUAUCCAUCCCUUGUCCAGCAAGAGCUCAGAUUGAAGAAAUUGGCGAGUAAAAUGAGCAUGGGAGUUGAUGUGUGUAUGAGCUAUGAAAGGCAGUUUUAUUUGAACUUGCCGGAACUUCAAGUGGCUCUUCAUGCUAAUCGUACUAAGUUGCCUUAUGAAUGGUCCAUGUGCAGUGAUAUAUUAGAUUACAAUUAUAAUGAUACGAGCAUCAACAUGCUUCCAAUACUGAAGAGAAUAGUCCAAAAUCACAUCCCAGUUUGGAUCUUCAGUGGAGAUCAAGAUUCAGUGGUGCCACUAAUGGGAUCUAGAACGCUAGUUCGAGAGCUAGCUAAUGAGCUUAAAUUCAAGAUCACAGUACCGUACGGAGCUUGGUUUCACAAGGGACAAGUGGGCGGGUGGGCGAUCGAGUAUGGCAAUAUACUGACAUUUGCAACGGUUCGUGGGGCAUCCCAUAUGGUACCCUACGCCCAGCCCUCUAGAUCUUUACAUUUGUUCUCUUCUUUUGUUCGAGGGAGGAGGCUGCCCAAUACCACUCGCCCUUCCAUUGAUGAAUGAAACUAAACAAUACUGAAUUUCAUUGUGUUUGUUUUGUUGGCUUUAAUUGUAAUAAUUCAAAGAGUGGAAUGGCUGGGAAGUUUUCUAUUG